UAGUUUCCUGUCUUAGACAGUGACUCCCCUGGCCAUGCGAGUGGGCUGGGUGCCGGCGGCGGGGUGCCUGGCGGGCUGGCUGGUGGCGGCGGCGGUGGCGUCCGUCACGGACCUGCUGCCCGGGAUCAUCGACUUUGAGGAGCUGAUCAAAGUUGCUGCUUCUACUUGCGACAUGCUGCCUCUGACGCUGGUGCUGUCUCGGCUGCACGCGUCAGACCUUCAUCGGUUGGAGUCAGUGGAGUACCGCUCUGCGCCCGGAGCUGAGGUGGCGGUGUACGUGCCGGGCUGGUGGAACACUCCUAGUGACGAAGCAGCCGACGCGCUAGUCGGGGCAUUGCUUACCAGGUACUCCUCGGUGCACGUGCUAGACACGCAGCGCGCCUUCUGCCGCGGGUACCUGGGCUCGGCCGCGCGGGUGAAGGCGGUGGCUCAUCAGCUCUACCAUAUGAUCAAGCGGAUGGUGGCUAGAGGAGUCCCCCUGGAGUCCAUCCACCUGAUCGGCUUCAGUCUGGGCGCGCACGUCGCCGGCAUGACGGGCAAGCUCGUGCAGAGACACAUGAACAGGAAGUUGGAGCGCAUCAUAGCGCUGGACCCGGCCAAGCCGUGCUUCGCGCACAACGCCGCCUUCCGAGUGGACAGGAGAGACGCCAAGUUUGUGCAGGUAGUGCACACGAGCGCUGGGGUACUCGGGCUGGAGCAGCCCGUGGGGCACGCCGACGUGUACGUCAGCAGACAUCCGGAGUGCAAGAAUCGUCGGUUCAGCAUGGAGUGCGACCACGCGCAGGCGUGGAAGCUGUACGCCGCCUCCGCCGUCGACGCCAACACGCUCAUGGCGCAGAGAUGCAUGAGCUGGGAGGAGUUGAAGCAGGGUCGCUGCAGCGGCAACGACACGUGGCUCGGCCACAGCUGCAGCCAGGACACCCGGGGACUGUUCCUUUACCGGGCCGAGUCUUCGCAUAGAAGAAGGAUAUCAGCUGAUAAACAGUACAACUCAAACGUAAGAACGUUUAAUCCCUUCGAUCCGUUCUCGUGGUUUGGAAGAUGAAGACGCAUCAUCAUCAGAAAGAUAUCGUCCACUACUGGAAAUAGGCUUCUUCCAAGGAACACAACACUCUGUCUUGCUUAUCCAGCCACUACUGUCAGCCGACUACAGUGGUCCUGUCCUAAAUGGGCUUGUGUCCAAGAUGUUUAUGUCAAAAAAGUAUAUUCCUACAGGGCUUAUUCAUAAAAAAGUUAGUGGACGCUUUAGCUAUAGAACUGUUUAGUCCCUCUCUAUCAAAGAACAAAUUGUUCAGAGAGUGACCAAACAGUGCAAUAGCUAAAGCGUCCAGUAACUUUUUUUAUGAAUAAGGAGACUUCAAUAUUUUUAUAGGUCAAAAGUUUUUGUUAGUACUAGCCAAGACGAAAUAUGGCUAUCGUAUUUGGAACUGUUUGCCAUUGAAUGAAAGUCCAAAACCAUAACUUUAUUUUAAGGGGUUAAGUGCCAAUUUCUCCAUUGUCGGUUAGAUCGUAACCAGGGAAAGUUUGAUCAAUUAUGCGUAUGCGUCAUCUCUAUAUUAAAUUAUUGACAGAUGUGUCAAAAGUCACGCAAUAAUCCCUGGUUAUGCUAACCCACUAUGGCGAAAUUGGCACUAAGUAUUGUUUUUGCCAUACGCCACAAACUUCUGAUUUUUUCAAAUACAUAUGUGUAUACCAAGUUUAAGUAAGAGAGACCCAUAGUGAGUUAUAUUAGUAUGUGUCAAACAACAAAUUAAUACUUUUAGUUGAAAUACCUAGUUGUUAAAAAACUGUACAAUAACACGCCAUGUAGGUUUAUCUUAGUUUUAUACAAUUAUUUAACUAUAGCUUGACUGUGAUAUUAAUGCAUAAUAUUAUUAAUUAAAAAUAUUACACAAA